CGACGAGAGCUGAGAGUGCAAGCAUGGCUUUACGAUACUUGGUUUCGUUGUCUUUAACGGUCGUAGUUCUGGCCGACCAGACCUCACACGUCAGCAUCAGUCUCGGUGGUGCUCCUGCUGUCAGCCAUCACAGUUCCUCUCACCAAGCACGCACUUCAUACCACCGUCAACCUACCUACCACACACAACCCUCUUACCAUCCACAACCUUCCUACCAUCCUGCGCCCGCUUAUCACCCACAGCCUUCCUAUGAGCAUGAACACGAGCCUGCUGUGCCAGAAUGUGCUGCCAACACAACCAAAUCAUGGUGCCUCCAAGACGACCAUUACCCCACUUACGAAAUCAAACACGCAGCCGAGUAUCACUAUGAGAAGCUCCUCUCCCUCUAUGCUGACGUAGCCGACCUCAACACUGAGCAGUCUGUGGACCGACCAAACACCCUGGAUGAGGAAACUUAUUUGUGCCCAUCAGAGACUGCUUACGUCAGGCCCCUUCGUGCUCAGAAUACCGAGGAAAAGUGGCGUGUCAUUGUAAACAAUAUCGAUGUCCAUUAUCAGACUCUCACUCAGACUACACGCAUCGAAGAGUGUCUCACUUCGGGCGAUGCAUGUCCUCUGGUGCCUGACUGCUACGAGUCCAAGUGUCUGCAGAAGUCCAUCUACCACCGCUUCCUUGUCUACGACCCCUAUGAUCAGUACUUCCCCUUCGCCAUUGAGACAUUCAAGCUUCCCGCCAGCUGUGCUUGUCUGUUGGCUGCCUACACCAUUGAUCAUUAGUCACCAAACACCUGAUCUCAAGCCAAGUCGGGGGGAUGUACUUAUUUUAUUUAUUUAUUUAUUUUAUUUUUUAUUUUAUUUUUUUAUCAUUCUUAGCGCCCUGGGAACAAGGCAUACCGCCCAUGGAAAGUUGUGAGGUACAUGGAGAAGGCAGUUUUCUAGUCAUCUAUUUAUGAUAAUAUCUACAGAGAUGAUGAGAACUGAUUACAAAUAACAUCGAAAUUUCUCUCUUUUGUGAAAGAUAAAAAAUAAAUAUUAUUUUACGUA